CACACUGGUUCUUCAUACGUUAAGCGACACACCGUUAGGUGGCCCGCCGAUGCGAUUGAUCGUCAACAUCUGGUCUAUGCAAGAGCUCACUUUGAGUGUGUGCGUUAUGGUUGGUCGGAAAGCAACACUACUUCUAGGCCUGUUGUCAGCAAGCGCAUAGGCUGUAAGGCAUAUGUGGUAAUUCAAACCUACAAAGGUUGGGUAGAGAUAUUUCACCUAAACAUGCAACACAAUCAUGAGAUUAAUCAAGAGGAUGCUGGUCACUCUACUCGGCAAUCGCGUCGGAUUCAAACAAACAAGCAAGCAGCAACUACUACCACUACUGACAGUGGAAGCAGUGGGAAUUACACAUAUUUCGGUGCUCCAACUAAAGGAAUUGGAUCUUCAACAGAAUGUAUGCAACAGAAUGUCCUUCGGCGAUUACAAGGACCGACAGCAAAGCCGGAGGAGAGUCUAAAGGAAGAGGACUACUUUGCAUCAAAGGGAAAUACCGAGAGAGUAGUAGUAACAACACAGUCAACUGAAAGAGCCCAGACAAUGACGGCAGAGGAGGCUAAAUUGGCAUUGCUUGACUCACAGCUGGAGGCGGUGCGAAAUUUGGCGAUCACAGAGUAUGGUCUGGUAGGGACAAAUGGAGCGUGCAGCGAAGUAGCACUCGCCAUGUGCGAAGAGCUCAAGCAGAUGGAGGCAGCCUGGAUACGCUGUCUAGCAGAAACAGAGGCGCAGCAAGAAGCAGCGCCAAUACUACUAGAGUUCGCCAGUGCAUCAGCUACAGAUCCAAUCACCACAACGGCUACCGUAAAACUCCAUGCGAGACAGGUAUAA